AUGGCGGCCGCGGCGAACAAGCAGGGUAAAAUGCAAAACCUCAUCAACUACCGGAUGAGGGUUACGUUGAAUGAUGGUCGCCAGAUGACGGGCCAGAUGCUUGCGUUCGACAAGCACAUGAACCUCGUUCUUGCGGACACAGAAGAGUUCCGUCGCGUCAAGCGGAAAGCCACCAAACAGCCCCCCGGUACCUCGAAUGUCCCCAUCGUCGAGACGGAAGAGAAGAGAACGCUUGGUCUUACGAUAGUGCGCGGAACCCACGUUGUUUCUUGCUCCGUCGACGGCCCUCCUCCCGCAGAUCCGUCUGCACGACUGGGGACGACCGCACCGGGCGCUGGUGCUGCGACGGCCGCGCCCACCCUUGCCGCGGGUCCUGGUAUCAGCAAACCAGCUGGACGAGGUCUGCCAGUUGGAUUGGGAGGCCCUGCUGCUGGCGUUGGAGGGCCUGCUCCUCCGCCAGGUGGCUUUGGGGGCUACCCUCCUGCUCCUCCGGGAGGAUUCCCAGGUGCCCCGCCGCCUGGAUUUGCAGGACGCGGAGGACCUCCCGGCGGACCGCCCGGCUUUGCUCCUCCACCCGGAUUCCCGCAGGGCGCGCCAGGUGGACCUCCCCAAGGAUUCCAACCCCCGCCUGGUUUCCAGCCUCCGGGACAACAAGGACGAGGAUACCCUCCGCCUGGAUUUGGUGGAAGAUGA